AGGCUGUUCAGAUGUCCCAGUAUGACUUCGAUUACUUUGUGAUUGGUGCGGGAAGCGGAGGAGUUCGCACUUCGCGCAUCGCAGCCUCGCAUGGCGCCAAGGUUGCGGUAGCGGAGGAUUCAGCUCUUGGAGGCACCUGCGUUAAUGUGGGAUGCGUUCCCAAGAAGUUGAUGACGUACGGAGCUCACUUCUCACACGACUGCGAAGAUGCUCACGCGUACGGAUGGGACGUACAGAAACCGACAGUGCAGUGGUCGAGAUUCAUCGAGAACAAGAACAAAGAGAUCUUGCGGCUCAACGGAAUCUAUGAGAGGCUGUUGACAAACGCUGGUGUGACCAUCCUCCGUGGAAGGGCCUCUUUUGUGGAUGCGCACACCGUCAAAGUCACGUCAGCAGAAGGAGAGAAGCUUUACACCGCCAAGAUUAUCACGGUAGCGGUCGGAGGCUGGCCCUUCGUCCCAGAGAUCCCCGGACGCGAGCUCGCCAUCACCUCUAACGAGGCCUUCUACCUUCCUGAGCUUCCUAAGCGUGUCUGCAUUGUCGGGGGAGGAUACAUCGCUGUUGAGUUCGCAGGAAUAUUUCAUGGUUAUGGAAGUGACGUCACGCUGCUGUACAGGAGCGAGCUCUGGCUGCGAGGUUUCGACGAUGAUCUCAGGACGCACCUCAAGUCGGAGUACGACAAGCAGGGUAUCAAAGUUUUGUUCAACAUGAACAUCGACAAGCUGGAGAAGACUGGGACCGGCAUCAUGGCCACCUUCACGGAUGGCUCGACGCACGAGUACGACAUCGUUAUGUUCGCAACAGGCAGGAAGCCGAAGACUGUUGGGUUGGGAUGCGAAAAGGCUGGCAUCAACCUUGACGAGAGCGGUGCGAUCAUCGUCGACGAAGCGCUGAAGACUUCUGUCGACAACAUCUAUGCUAUUGGAGAUGUUAUCGACAGAAUUCAGCUGACCCCCGUCGCCCUCGCGGAGGGUCACUGCCUUGCGGACACGCUCUUCGGAGGCAAGCCGAGGAAGACUGACUACUCGGACAUCCCAACCGCCGUCUUCUCCAACCCUCCGCUCGGAACGGUGGGCCCAACGGAGGAAGAGUGCAGGAAGCGAUACGGAGACGUGCACAUCUACAGGACAAGCUUCCGGGGCAUGAAGCAUACUCUCACGCAGAGAGACGAAAAGACUCUCAUGAAGCUCAUCGUCCAUCCUGAGACCGACAAGGUCCUCGCCGUCCACAUGUGCGGAGAUGCUGCUGGGGAAGUCAUCCAGCUGGUAGGAGUAGCGCUCAAGGCGGGGGUGACCAAGGCCCACUUUGACUCCACCAUCGGUGUCCAUCCAACCGCUGCAGAGGAGUUUGUCACGAUGCGCUCGCGGGUUUGA